AUGAACAAGGCUGAGCUGAUCAAGGCAGUCGCGAGCGGCGCGGACAUCUCCAGCGCCGACGCUGCACGCGCGGUGGACAGCGUGUUCGGCGCCAUUACUGAAAUGCUUCAGAGCGGCUCCGACGUCAGACUGGCGGGAUUCGGGUCGUUCAGUGUUGUCGAGAGGAAGGCUACAAGCGGGCGCAAUCCGCGUACCGGCGAAUCGAUUUCGAUUCCCGCUUCCAAACAGCCGAAGUUCAAAGCCGGCAAAACGCUCAAGGACGCGGUCAACACCUGA